AUGCGGGUGCACUCAAGCACAGGGGAGCAUACCUUGGUAGUGCGCCUGCCCGACGGCCUCGCUCCGGAGAUGGUGACGGUGUGCGCGAAGAAGGGCGCGCGGCUGUCCGUGGUCGCGGAUCUAUGGCACCGGGAGAGUGACUCGCACUACGAAUGGGAGGUCGCGUUCUCGCCGUCGGAUGUGGACAUGACGUCUGUGCGGGCGGUAUUCGCGCCCGACGGGCAGCUGAUUAUCCACGUCAGGCGAAAGUGUUUUGUAGAUGGUCUUCCGUCACCAAAAGUAUGCACGCCGUGCUAA